AUGAUCGCAACACUCCUCGUCGACCUCAUCUGUUUCCACACCUGCCAGAACACCACCACAAUCACCAUGCUGCCCCAGAGAGUAGCCCAGCAAUCGCUGCGGCGGUUGGCCGUCCAGCCCAAUGUCUACCGAUUCGCAGCACCCGCAGCAAUCGCCCUGGGCGCCUUCAACACUCCCCAGCGCAGACUCGUCGCCGCCGCCUCCAUGUCCGAGAAGCAGGCGCAGAACAACAUCCUCGCCAACCAGCGCCUGAACCGACCCGUCGCGCCCCAUCUCGCUAUCUACCAGCCACAGAUCACCUGGUACCUCUCCGCCCUUAACCGCAUCACUGGCUGCACUGUGAGCGGUCUCUUCUACCUGUAUGGAGCGCUAUACCUGGUGGCACCAUAUCUGGGAUGGCAUGUGGAGACGCAGGUUCUGGCUGCGAGCUUUGCGGCGUGGCCGGUGGUUUUGCAGGUCUUGACGAAGGUGGCCGUUGCGCUGCCCUUUACUUUCCACAGCUUCAACGGCAUCAGACAUUUGGUCUGGGACACCGCAUCGAUGAUCUCGAACAAGAAGGUUGCACAGAGUGGUUGGUUCGUCGUGGGAGCAUCGGUUAUCUCAGCAUUGGCACUCGCCUUCAUGUAG